GGCAGUUCGGCACCACCACCCACCACGCACCAAGCGACGGCCGCAGGAGACGAUGGGAUAGGGCUAGGAGCCCGAUUUGCAAUGACAGUGGUGAUUGAGAGGGAGGAGUGGGAGCUGAACCCCCUCGCCUACGUUUUCCUUUUCGUCUCCUGCUUUGCGUCCAUCUUCCUCUGCCCAUACUUUUCGAAGGGCUCAGCGAAAGGUGCCGCGUCCGCAUAUCCUUUCGAUCUCGGCCCUUCUGCGCCAUUCCUGCGGUUCCAACGAAGCUUCUUGCUAAUCUACUCCAUAGCUUCAGUUUUAUUUGGAGCUUCCUCAUAUUUUCCAGUGAUUGAAGUACUUCAAACAAUAUCGGGGGAGUACGAAUACAUGCAGUAUGGGCUAGGUAGGGAGCAGAUGGCAUUGGUUCUUGCAGCUGGAGCUGCUGGUGGUCUGUUUCUUGGUACAUUCUCUGGAAUUCUUUUCGACAUGAUAGGACCACGGAAUGCUUGUAUGCUGUAUUGCGUACUUCAUCUUCUUGUGGGUCUUUUGAAGACUGUAAGAUGGCUUCGAAGCAUGUGGGUUGAAAGCAUAUGCCUGGCGCUAGCUUCUUCUGUUUUCCACUUCUGUUUUGAGACAUGGAUGGUAACGGAGCAUGAGAAGCAUGGUCACAAGCAAGAUCUUCUGAAUGACACCUUUUGGCUAAUGACAUUUUAUGAGUCUGCAUCCCUAGUUGGAAGCCAAGGAGUUGCAAACAUAUUGGUUAAGGAUCUUCACAAAAAAUUUUCUCGGCUCGGUGCUUUCGCUGCUUUAUUUGCAAUUAUAACAAUUCUUUAUAUUAGGAAAGCAUGGAAAGGAAACCAGGAUGUAUCAAUUAUUGGAAGUUAUAGAAAGUCAUUUUCUGCUCAUGUUCUUAGAGACAAGAAAAUAUGGAUCUUGGUAUGGGCUCAAGCAAGCAUUCAUUUCUCCGUCGUGGUAUUUUGGUUUCUCUGGGCACCAACUAUAGUGGCAGAUGGGAGGGAAGUUCAUCUAUCACGAAUAUACCCUUGUUUUAUUGGUUCAAGAAUGCUUGGGAGUACAGCCUUCCCAUUGUUUUCAGGAAUUGCAUCUUCGUUGCACACUGAGGAUAGCUUGACAGCAUCUUUUGUUAUUGCUGCUGCGGCUUUGUCGAUUGUCGUUUAUGAUUAUCAGGAAAUUGGCUUGUUGGUGAUUUUGUUCUGCAUCUUCCAUGCUUGUGUAGGCUUUAUCUUACCUUCUCUUGCAAAACUAAGGUCCAUGUACUUACCGAAUGAAUUGCGUGGAGGCAUGAUUACUUUGUCUCUAGCUCCCGCAAAUGCUGUCAUCUUGCUUGUUCUAAUUAAUCGUGCAUAUAAUCGAAGCAUUGAGAAUUCUACAAUCAUGGCACUUGCUGCUUGUGGGUUAUUAACAGCAGGCGCUUGUAUCCACAUCCUGAGACGGUGGAGAAAGCACCCUCGCCAAAACUGGCGCAACUUGUAAGGAUAACAAAAGAUUUGAGCCACCAAGCUGUGAAAUUGAGCUUUCAGAUUAUCUUUUUCUUCCGCUCGACAUCAAUUGCAUGCAUGAGAUUUUGACAUUGAGAGAUAUUUAGAACCUCAGGUGACAUGUAUUUUGAGAUUUACUCAACAUGGAAAAGGAAAACGAGGAAGUGCAGUUUUGGGUGAGAAGUUUUUAUAGGUAAUGCUACAUAUGUUGGUGUCCAUGUGGUGCAAAUGGCAGAUGAUGAUAGGAAUAUGGUAGCAUGUAUUGAUAUAGCAAUCUACUUUGUUGAUGUCACGGAGACAGUGCAUUUGAAAGAGCUGCUUUGCCAUAGAAGCUUCUCAGGAAGCUUGAGUUGGUGUAACCAAAAUUUUCAGGGACCUAUUUGGUAGAUUGAAUAGCCAUUCAUUUGCUGGCUGUUGAACCAGUAUAGCGUGCAAAUAAUAUAGGGAUGAAAAGUAUUUUUGGUUAAUUUUUUGUUGGUUAUCUCAGCUGUUUUGUGAGCGGAUGUUUUUUUUUUUUGCCCCCCUGAAAAUUGAUAUCUUCAAUUUAUGGGUUGCUGUAGUUAUUUGGGAUGCCUUCUUCCUCUAUAUUGGUCUAAUCAUAGUUUGUGCCGAAUCAGUAAAUUUUGGUUCUGUAUGAACCUCAUUUAGUUUCAGAAAGAUUUAGUAAGCAGAGAUAAAAAGGUUUUGCCUUCAUUCUUGGCAAUGGUGAGUAAUUCAAUAGUUAUUUAACUGUA